AUGGGUAAGUACCUUCUGUUACUGACUCUCACUCUCCUCAAUCUCGUACUAUUGGCCACUCUUCAAGUCUCCGCUGCACCUUCUACUACGUCCCCUGCAAAAAUUGUUAGUGGGCUUCUCUCCAAUGCCAUGCCUGCCUUCACCAAAUGGGUGUGGUCGCUCAAGGCCACCACCAAAACGGCGGUUUCGAGCAGGUCAAUGAUGAAGUUCGAGGGUGGAUUCAGUGUGGAGACUGUGUUCGAUGGGAGCAAGCUUGGGAUCGAGCCUUAUGCUGUGGAGGUGUUGCCCAAUGGGGAGCUUCUCAUUCUUGAUUCGGCUAAUAGUAACAUUUAUAGGAUUUCCUCCUCGCUUUCUUUGUACAGCAGGCCCAAGCUGGUGGCAGGGUCAGCUGAAGGGUAUUCUGGACAUGUUGAUGGGAAGCUCAGGGAGGCUAGGAUGAACCACCCAAAGGGAAUAACUGUUGAUGACCGAGGAAAUAUUUAUGUUGCAGAUACUACGAAUAUGGCAAUUAGGAAAAUUAGUGAUUCAGGGGUCACUACAAUUGCUGGAGGAAAAUGGAGCCGGGGAGGGGGGCAUGUUGAUGGACCAAGUGAAGAAGCUAAAUUUUCUGAUGACUUUGAUGUGGUUUAUGUGGGAAGUAGUUGUUCACUACUGGUCAUAGACAGAGGAAACAGAGCCAUCAGGGAGAUCCAACUUCACUUUGAUGAUUGCGCCUAUCAAUAUGGAAGUGGAUUCCCACUUGGGAUUGCAAUGCUUGUUGGGGCUGGCUUCUUUGGUUACAUGUUGGCAUUACUGCAGAGAAGGCUUGGUACAAUUGUAGCAUCCCAGGAAGCUCAGGUUCCAGUAAUGGUAACAUCUUCGGUUCCUCGAAGUUCAUAUCAAAAGCCCUUGAAAUCUGUCAGGCCUCCUUUAAUUCCAUCAGAAUAUGAACCUGACAAGCUGGAAGAAGGCUUCUUUGGAUCCCUCGGGAAGCUUCUUGCAAAUGCUGGCUCGUCAAUGGUGGAGAUAAUGGGAGGAUUAUUUCCUUCUUUCAAAAGAAAAUCGCUAAUUCACCAAUUUCAAAGACAACCACUUCUCCAGCAACCUCAGAAGCAAGCAAAUGCUUGGCCUGUGCAGGAAAGUUUCGUGAUCCCUGAUGAAGAUGAACCUCCUUCGAUUGACACAAGAGCCCCAACCCCUCGAAAAACCUAUCCUUUCAUGUCUAAGGAUGCAGAGAAAAUGCAACAACUGCUGCAAAGUCGUGCAUUCUAUAGUGGAUGGGAUGGAGAUUUACAUCAGCAGCAACAACAGCAGCCACAGCAACAGAAACACCAUCAUCGCCAUCAGUACCAAUCGGCAACCCCUCACACUUACUACGAGCAGAGCCAUGAGACAACCAAUGAGAUAGUGUUUGGGGCAGUGCAGGAACAGGAUAGGAAGCAGGAGUCUGUGGUUAUCAAGCCUGUGAAUUAUGGGGAGUCACUGUAUGAGCCUCACCAUGUUAGGUCCAGAAUGAGUUUCAUGGGUUAUGGGCACAGGUAUUGA